GACAUCAGCUGUCUGUCGUGGCCGCGCGCGCGUGACAUUUCUUCGCUCGUCGCGUCAUGUGCGAGGUGAAAGACGCGUUACCGACGUUGUGCGGUUACAUCAAUUCGUUGAUAAACGUGAGUUUAACGCCCGAGCACCUGAAACUGGCCAAGUAUAACGCCCCGGACGAAAACGCCGCCGAGGCGCUGUGGAGCACGCUGCGCAUUCUGAGCUGUCACGCCGCGAGGGAAAAACGAGGCGACAUCGAUUUCGGAAAUUAUGACGCGCCAUCGGCGGUGAAGCUGCAUCUCGCGUUCUUGCAAUACCCGGUGAUCGAGUUUUACAGUUUAUCGCAAGACGGCGAACAUAACAGGGACGCGUUGAUAGCCUUAGCUUGGUUAAUGGGAACACAGGAUGUCCUCACUUCCGUCCUUCGAGCGAAAUUAGCCGAUAGCAUUCUAGGUGCCGAAUGCUCACACAUAGAUCCACCAUCAGAAUCUCCGUCGUUAAUUACCGUACCGCACGACGGGCCGUUAUCAAUGAACGCUCAGCUCGACAGUGUCCUGCACCUGAACGCCGCGGUAAAUCUAAAUCUGCGGGAGAUCGACGAGCUGGCCCGCGAGCGGGCGAAAUUGGUGUCCAAGGUGCACGCGGCGAGCCUCGGCGUGAGCGGUCUGCCGCAUCUGAGCGUGUCCGAAUUGGCGUUGACCAAACGCCUCGCAAGGUCGCGCGUCCUCGAGGACGGGGGAGGCGGCGGCGACGGUUCCGAGAAGGAUCGGCGACAGCUGCGGGAGUUUCGCGAGGUCGGGAUCCUGCUCGACGCGCGCGUCAAGUGGCUGCGGAAGCGGCACGUGUUCUUCGACUGGAUGGCUACGGUGAUGCAGGAGCACAGGAGAUCCACGGAAUCGAAUCCGAGAGCGAUCUGCGCGCGGGAACUCGCCGCGUUCUGCUCGCUGUUACGUCGCGUAAUUAGGGACAAACUCCGAGGUCUUACGUCUCACGAGGAGACGCCGCCGGUGGACGGCCGUGGCGGUGGUCCCGGAAACACGGCCUUGAAUUGCCCGUCCCGCGCGCACAGAAGCCAGUGUAACGACGCGGAGGCGCGCAGCUGGUUGGACGAUUUGAACGGGCGCCAGGAAAGCGAGGAGGAAAAUUUUCAACAAAACAACAAGCGACUGGCCGACGAGUUGACGGGAAUGUUGCAGUUGAUACCGUCUGUCGUUCACGUUUGACCGACACGCACCGUCGUGUCUUUCUUAUAUUAUAGAUGGAUUUUAUAUUAUAUACAUCGCGUAAAAAAGAAUCAUUUAUUAUUAUACAGUAAACAUAUCAUUAUCUAUUAUCAUUUCGAUAUAAAAAAAAA